CAAUAAUAAUAAUUUUGCCAGUACAAAGUAUUAUUACUCUACCAUCCAUUUGUCUUUGACCGUUAGUUCAGUGCUCGUCCUGCUUUCUCGCGCGUUGCAUCGGCUGCUGAAAGUGCUCUCGAUUUUUGUGGGGUAGGCAACACAGAGUGGACCUUUCUUUUUCUUUUGUUUCGUUACACGGAACGUUGACGCCCAAAGUUACCGAAAACUCCCAUAGUGGGUGCAUAUAAUAUUCCAACGAACGCCAAAACAAUCAACAGCAAUCAUCCGAUCCUUUUAACAACAUGACGAGUAAAAGUCACCGCGAAGAGGAGGAGGGACAACGUCAAUCAGCUCGCUGCUGUCCUGAGGUUUCGAUCCUCGUCGCGCGACAUUGCCACACUGUCACUAUAUAGCGCAGCACGUGUGAAAGGCGCUUUGUUUAUAUAUAAAUAAUAAUAAAAAAGCCCAAAAUCCAAUAAGCCAAUGGACGCGAGGGAGAACAACAACGAGCCCGUCAAGAGCGCCAAAACCGGCAAUAGGGAGGCUGCUUUUAUAUUCGGCAGCUGGAAGUGCAGGAACCCGAAGAAGAUCCGCGUCGCCUCCAAGGACAUUGCCGGCCCAGAAUCGCUCGACUGCAGGAAAAAUCCACGUGCCCAGAAGCAGCAUGAACCGACUCUGCCCACCUCCUCCUCGGGUACGUACAACUCGUACGGUACGACGACCACGACGGAGGAGCAAAACGAAGGGUGUCCGAACGCGACGACAACGAGACGUGCCCUUGCGGCCAGCGAUCAGUUGAACGAGCAGGACUUUUGGUGUCCCAGGUGCAACGGCAAGAUGGAAGAGCCGAGGCUACUCCCCUGUCUACACUCGGUCUGCACCGGUUGCGUCGACGACUUCAUGAGCAAGGACUACUGCUACGGAUCGUCCCAGGAGCUGGGGGUCGAGGGUCGUAGCGCGAGCUGCAACAGGCGAGCGGUCGAGGGCUGCCCGCUGUGCGACUUUCCCCUGCCCAAGUACGGGUCGUCGCCACCCCCGCCUCCGCACUAUCCGCUCCAGCACCGGCUCGUCAUCUACGCGGUCCGCCGAAGGCUCUCCCAGAGGGCCGUGUGCUGCGACGCUUGCGCCGACGAGGUGCAGGCGACGCAGCACUGUCCGGCGUGUCUGUGCAACUUUUGCGACGACUGCGGCCCGGAGCACGAGGCCCAGUACCGCAGCCCGAGUCCCGGUCGAGGUCACGCGACCCGUCCCCUCUGGGAGGCGAGCGCCCUUCGCCGGGUCGCCGUGUGCCUGGCCCACCCGGCGCACCCGUUGCGCUUCCACUGCCUCGCGUGCCAGAUGGUCACGUGCAAGGAGUGCAUGUGGCGAGGGACUCAUCGGGGCCACGCGAGCGAGGAGGCGACGAGCGCCGGGUCCAGGGCUGCCCUGCGGCUGGCGGCGGCUCUGCGGAGGGCCAAGAAGCUGCUCAACUCGUUGCUCACCGAGUACAGCGAGCGGGUCUUCGAGCCCGGGGAAUUCAGGGCGCGCACGGCCCUCGACAUCAACUCCGACAGGGACAGAGUGCCGAGGGCGAGCCACGCGCGCAGUCGGUCGAGCAUAUCGUCGCACUCGAGGGAGGCCAGGGAGAGGAUUCAGGAGUACUCGCGGCUUCGUCGGGCGAGGCACCUCAUCGACGCCAUUUUCGUGGGCGAGGAUUUGCUCGCCAACGGCUCCAACGUCGAGAUACUCAGUCUGGAGCUCGUUAUUGCCAAACGGCUCAGGUUCCUCGGGGUCCCGGUUGAAGUGCAAGCGCAGUACGACAGUUUGAGGAAAACCAACUCGAGGACACUGCACAGCGGUAUUUAUCAUUGCUGCACGUUCUGCUCGAGCGGAGGAAAGAUGGAAGCCACUUGUGCUUGCAAUGGAACGAUGCCAGGGGGCUACAAGGGCUGCGGUCACGGUCACCCGGGCUAUCCUGGCCCACACUGGUCCUGCUGCGGCUCCACUUGUCGCGAUAGCGUUUGUCUGCGGCCCCGGAAACGUACCUUCAAGAUAACGCUGUAAUUGCGCGUGUGUACCUAUAUACAUACCUACUACUAAUUAUCCAAAGAAACAUCAGAGCUUAUAUUUUUUUAUGUCACCACCGUAACGUUAUAGAGCUUUCACCAAAGACUGCGACUAAAAUUGUAAAUUUUAAUAGUAAGUAUAAAUACAUUUUUCUCCAAAAACCUAUGGGGAUAUAUGUGAGCUAUACAGGAGACGUCGUUAUUGUUGUUGUUGUUGUUGUUGUUGUUGUUGUUGAAAUUGUUUCAUGUUAAAGCUGUUGUGAUGAUGCUUGACGAUUUUAUUGUUCGAUUCGUUUAUUGUAAAUCUCUAAUACAACUCAAUAAUAAUUAAUAAAAAUUGUUGCGACCUACGCACAAUAAUAAAGUCAA